CGUGAUGUUCAGAUGUUCUAUGUGAAGGCUGUCCCUGACAGUUGGAGAAUAGCUAAACAGUGCCAACAACGUGAACACUCUCCCAGACCUCCCUGCUGACUGCAGCACAAUGUUCUAACCUCUGGAGCGUAGGCUGGCUGGGCUGGACUGCCCAGAGGCCAGAGGAGGGCCAGGAAGGAGUCACAGCGUAGGAAGUGUGCCUUAGCGUUUAUAAACAUGGCCCUCAGGGUUAACCUAUACAUCUAUACAGGACAACUAUGUCUCUAAGUUAGUCAGACUUUAAGUGGAUUAAUGUUUGCUGAGAAAUUGCAUUUUUUGAUAUUUUUUUAGAUGCUCCAGUAUUUUUUGAGGAAGCACAUAUUUAACUUUGGAAGGCGGGUAACCACAUAAACUAAGGAGACUUUGUACUCAUCAGUACCUUAAUUUUGACCACUACAGCAUCGAGCAGAGAUGUACAGCAGCAACAGUUACUCGCAAACCAAGUUUGGCCUGGAGGCCAGGGACAUCCACAAGCACAAGGGCAAGAGCUGUGGCUACUACAUGAGAAUCGUCUUUUUCUUCUCUUCUCUGAUCCAGUCUCUCAUAAUCAUGAGUCUGGUGCUGUUCCUGGUGUACGGGCAGCCAGAGAAGUCGGCUGAGGAGAAGAGGGUGGAGGAGUUGGAGCAGAGCUUGAACAGGAUCAGUGAGAACAACAUCAACCUGAGGAAGAGUAAGGUUGACCUGGAAGCAGCGCUAGGGGCCAGGACGGCUGAGAAGACUGCCCUGGAGGGAGAGUUGGCCACAUUGAAGAAGACCUCUGGGGAGCAGAUGAAAGCAAAACUGAGCCAGUGUGAAACAGAAAAGCAGAAAUUACAAAUGAUUCGUCCUACCCCUGUCAAGUGUACAACCACCCCUGUCGCUGCUAAUGCUGAGCUAAAAGCCCUCCAGAGUUUGAACUCCCAGCACGUGGCUAUGAUCCAACUGAUUGAAGCCAACUUCACGCAGACUGUGCAUUACAUCCGCAUCGAGAGGGACAAUGCCAUCAAGGACCGCGAUGCCCACCACUUAGAGUCCAUCAGUCUUCGCAGGGAGAACACCAACUUGAAGGAACAGCUUACCCUCUACACCAAGAAGUGUAAGGAGGACUUUGCCAAAUCUCUGGAGGGGAUCCAGACGGUCACCAGUAACUUCCUGGUGCGUAUCGAAAAACUGUUCCCCCACACCAUGACCUUCCACCUGACUUGUGAGAAGCAGUCAGAACAAAUGGAGGUCAUCAGGAACAGCUGCUCUAGCCUGUCUAAAGAGGUGGAAGAAAAGUUCCAGCAAUACCUGGACAACGUGGGGAUGAAGGUGGCUGACAUUCAAGCCCUGUCCAGUCGCUUGGAGGUCCAGAACAGCUAUCUAACCACUGACAUCCAGGAGUGUCAACACAACCGCAGCGCGGCGGCGACGGAGGCCAGCAGGCUGCUGCUGGAGAUACGUGAGAACCACGACAAGCAGGUGGAGACCCUGCUGAAGGAGCAGAACCAGCUGAGGGAAGAGAAGUCUCUGCAGGGAAAGAGACUGGUUCUGAAGGAGGCUGAGCUCAGCACACUCAAAGAGAAAGUAGAGUCUCUCACCACCAGCGCGGCCAACUGUAACACUAAGGUCGCCGGCCCAAAGCCUGCUGGACUAAUGGCGCCUGUGAAGGGGAACCUAUCUGUUGGAUCGCCUGGCCUCAGCAAACCCCCCAUGGUGAGGUGAGGAGGGAUGUGAGGAAAAUGCCCACUCACAACAAGCUUAUCUGGACCAUGGCUGAGUGAGGAAAUUAAAGGAUUUCCUAAUAUGGUCCCAGGAGAAUUGGGUGUCAUGCCUUCUAAAUGAGCAGUGAGCUCCUAGACUUUUUAAUUUCAAUGUGUACAUACUACAGACAUUAAUGGUUGUAUCCAAAAUGUAUAUAAAAUACAAAUCCCUGAAAAUGGUCUGCCUUUUUAAGUUAACUUAAAAAGAGUGGAAUGUGGAAUAUCAAUUUAUGUUGAUUCAGUGCAUUUAUUCCAUAAAUUAGGAUGGAAUUCAGUGUACUACCAAAAGCCUUUGUGUUCUGUUUCAACGUAAUGCUCAGGUAAAAAGAAAUACAUUUGUUACAUAAUCACUUUCAAUUUAAGUUGUCAUAAGAUAUGCUUAUCAAUGUGUGUGGAUUUGAGUUAUGAUUUAAUUUGCUAAUCCUUUUAUUUAUGAAAUGUUAGUAUUUUUUGUAUUUAAAUGUGAGUGAUCUUUGGUGUAAACAUUGACAGAAUAAACUGAUCAUUUCCAGUGA